UCCUCUGCCAUGAGCUGCCUGGAGGUUAUGUACCAUCAUCAGAACUAUGGAACUCAUCAUUACCUCCCGACCAGUGCUGCAGCUGCUGCAGCUUAUAAAGCGGUUUACUACCAUCAUCAUCAUCAUCAUCAGCAGCAGCAGCAACAACAACAACAGAAAAAGUUCAGUGCCUACAGCAGGAUGCAGGACUCUGUAGACCUCCCUGUGCAGUGUGGCCAGAGUAAACAGGUCGAGAAGCCUAGAGCUGAGCCUGAGCUGCAAAGAGAUAGAGAGCAGGAUGGUGACGAGGAGGCAAGGUGUAAAGACUCCCAACCAGCUGAGACCGAAUACCUGAGCUCCAGAUGUGUGCUCUUUACAUAUUUCCAUGGGGAUAUCGGCGACGUGGUGGAUGAACACUUCUCUCGAGCUCUCAGUCAACCUAGUGCCUUCAGUAACGACUCCAAAAGUAACAAGCUACCUUCCGGAGGAACAUGGAAAGAUCAAAAUUCUGUCCCUGAGGGUCAGUGUGGCUCUCUGCCCUCUUCUGUGUGGAGCAGCACUUAUCCAUCUCAGACCAUCUCUUCAGUUCAUGGUGACUUUCCUGCCACAGCUGCCUUUCAUGCUGCAGAAACUGGCAUUUGGAGUGGCCAUGGCAUGGCCCAGCAUGGCCUACCUCCUCCGUCUGCACUUACUGACUCCUGGCCCUACGCUCUCGGGGGUCAAAGCGGAGCCGGAUACCAUCACGUUCACGAGAUGUACACUCAAAUGCACUCACGGCACCCUCAUCCACAUGUACAUGCCCAUCCAAUGCUCCAUCACAGCCACAGCACUGCUCUGGAUCAUCGUUUCAGUCCCCUUCUGCUGCCUGGCAUGAGGACAUCCUUUAGUCCUUCGUCUUCAAAUACAGACGGAAUCAAAACUGAACUAGAACCCACAGCUUCAAACUGGCCUGCAUCCUUCCACGGCUCUGUAGAUAUCUAUGACACAGCAAUGGAACAGGAAAAAGCCAAAGUCAGUGUCUGGUUCUAAGAUCGGGAGAGCCUGCCAGUGACCCACAGCCUUGGAGCGAAGCAGCUCAGACAUAAGCAGUGUGAGACAGCCCAUCAUCCUACUGUGGAAUCUCUCCCUGGAAAGCUUUCAAAUUUCCUGGUAGGCGACUCAGGAAAGGAAACUCUGACUCCCUCCAUGAGACAAGCGCAACAAAGAAUUUGGGGGGGAAAAAGCAGCAUUCUGUUAAAUUAAACCAUCCUGUUUGAGUCUAAGCGAGUCAUUAAUGAAUUUGGCUGGAAUGCUGUUGCAGAUGGACUUUUACGGAACUCUCACAGAGACGUUGUGAUAAAGAAAGCUACUUUAAAAAAGAGUCUAAAAGUAUAUUUUUCCUAUUUUUUGUAAAUCCUGGUAAACUAUUUUCUAUUUGGUGGGUAAUAAGGGAGAACUUACAGUUGAGUGCAAAGUUUGCAUACUUUCAGAAAAAAAGACCAAGAAAUGUUAUUUAUUCCAAAGAGACAUUCAGUGUUUUCACAUUGAUGUUCUGUUAAUGUUAUUAAGUUUAAAAAUAAAAAGA